AUGGCCUCUCAAGGCGGCGUGCAGGAGCAAUACAGCGGCAAGAAUGAAGUCAUUGAAAUGGCGUCGUCGGCGGCCUCGGGCGAGCAUGCCCGCGAAGAGGGCGGCUCCAACGAGGAGUCCGACGUCUACAAGUCGACGUACGACGACGCGCAGGCCAUGAAGCGCAUGGGCCGAAGCCAGGAGCUCAUCCGACACUACCGCCUCUUCUCCAUGGUGUCCUUUGUCGGCAUGGCCACGGCCGCCUGGGAGAUGACGCUGUAUCAAAUCACGCCGGCGCUGCGCGAUGGCGGUCUCCCGGCCCUCAUCUACUCGAACAUCUGGAUCUUUUGCGCCUUUGUCCCCGUCGUACUGAGCCUGGCCGAGAUGUCGAGCAUGGCACCCAUUGCUGGCGCGAAGUAUCAUUGGGUUUCCGAGUUUGCACCGGAAAAGUACCAAAAGUUCUUGAGUUAUCUGACUGGCUGGACAUCUACCCUCGCACUCCAGGCCGGCAACGCAUCCGGGCUGUUCCUCAUCGGCACCCUGGUGCAGGCGAUUAUCCAGAUCCACAAGCCCGACUACUCGUUCGAGAACUGGCACGGCACGCUCCUCGCCAUCGCCGUCUGUGGCCUCACAGUGGUUGCCAACGUGUACUGCUCCAAGAUUCUGCCGUACUGGCAGAACCCCAUCUUCGCCAUCAACAUCCUCGCCUACUUUGCCUUCAUCAUCCCCGUCUGGUGCAACGCGCCGCUCACCACCUCAGAGCACGUCUGGACCAAGUGGGAGAACUCGGGCGGCUGGUCCAGCCUGACCGUCGCCGUGCUCGUCGGCCAGCUGCCUGCCAUCACAUCGCAGACGGGCAUGGAUGCCGCUGCGCACAUGUCGGAGGAAGUACGCAAUGCGUCGUCGGCGGUCCCCAAGGUCAUGAUUAGCGUGUUUGGCAUCAACUUCUUCCUCAACAUCAUGACCGUCAUCACGCUCUGCUACCACAUUCCCGACGUCACGGUGGCGCUCAACGAGCCGACCAUGUAUCCCGCCAUCUGGGUCCUCAAGCAGUCCAUGUCGGACGCGUGGCUCACGGGCCUGCUGGCUGUGCAGUGCAUCUUCCUGCUCUUCUCCAACUUUUCGUACCUGGCGGCCGUGAGUCGUGACCUGUUUGCCUUUGCGCGCGACAAGGGCUUGCCCUACUCCGCGUGGCUGGCCAAGGUGGACAAGGAGCGCAAGAUCCCGAUCAAUGCGUAUUACCUGACAGCCACGUUUGCAGCGCUCCUCAGCCUCAUCUACGUUGGCAGCCCGGUGGCACUUUAUGCUAUCGGCUCGCUGCUCGCCUGCGCCAUCAUGCAGUGUUUCUGCUUCUCCAUUAGCUGUGUGCUCUGGCGCCGCAUCUACCACCCGGAGACGCUCCCGCAUGCUCGCUUUUCUCUCGGGAGGUUCGGUGUGCCCAUUAAUGCCGUGGCCGUCUUUGUGGUGGUAUGGAGCUUCUUCUGGGCCUUUUGGCCGCAGACAUAUCCGGUCACGCCCAGUGGCUUCAACUGGUCAAUCGCGAUCUUUGUGCCGACCAUUGUAGUGGCCUUGAUAUACUACGUUGUGAAGGGCCGCCAUGAGUACGACGGCCCUGUCGUGCUGGUUGAGGGUAGAAAGACGCACGUCGCUUAG